AUGGAUGAAGGCACGCGCAGCAGAACGCCUGGCUCGCAGGCCUUGGCUCGUGCUUGUGCGCUAAGCAAACAGGUCUUGAAGAAAGUGAAUGCCACCAACUCGGCCUUGAAGCUGCUAAGCUCUGCGGGAGGGGUUUGUCUCUUUGGCUACGUGAACGCUUUGGCCGUGGCGCUGCGCAUCGCCCUCGACAUGAAUUCCAAGAGAUGUUCCGUGGAGCUGCUGGAUGGAACCUUCCAGGUGCAGCAGCGCGAGUGGCUGCGGGUCUUGCAGACCCUGUGGAGGUCGCCCAACAUGCCGCUGCUGCUGCUGGACAGCUCCCCCUGGCCUUUUGGCUUGGAGAACAUCUCCGAGAUCAUUGCGGAGGCGAUCAUUGCAGGGUGGAGGCCUCCUCAACUCCUGCCCAUAGCAUACGUUGGCGCCCACCCAGUGGGGGUGGCAGGUGGAAGUUGCUCCCGUCCCAGCCCUGGCCGGCGACGAAGGUGCUCGUGGGUGGCGAUGCCCCACGUGAGGUGCGCGUCUGGGCCUUUGGACUUCACGCCGCUGGGAGGCGACGCUGGCGAGCGAGCCGGAGAGUGUGUGGCGAGAGAUCCUAGCGGCUUCUGGCUGGAGGAUCAGCGUGGAGAUGGUGCUGGCGCGGAACUAUUGCAACUUGCUGGGCCGAUGCACUGA